AAGUUACUCGCCCCAUUGAGAACGUGAGCUUUUUGCAUAUAUUUGAUUAAUUUUAAUAUUUAGAAGUCAGCGCUGCAAAGCAUUUCCGCUCUUGUGGAAACAGUGUUCAUUUUACGACAUCCGCGUGCGCUUUACGGCACCGAGCAGUCGGAAGUCCGGUAACCAGGGAGACGCCUGGAGGUACUGCGGCCGGCGGGAGACGCGACUGACGGGAAGAGCGCGGAACAAAACAAAAAAACAAACACAGAAAGCGGUGAAAGAUUCCGUACACGAGAGUCUCACGUGAGCGCCGUUAGCUCUGAUUUGACCGAGCGGCGGCCGGCUGCGUCAGUUUCUUGCUGUGAUGGUGUUCUGGUGAGACGCUUGUUUGAAAUCUCGUCAGGACCGAGAGGGACUCUGAAUGUUUGAGUCUCGUGUGGUGUUCUGUGUUUCUCCAGAGAGACUCCAUGGAGGUCCGGCAGCCGGUUCCGGAGCUGAAGGACGUGCCUCCGCCCCCCCUCCACAGCACCGGGCCGCAUGCGCAGACGGUCAGCCUCAGCAGUGUACAUGUGGACUCGGAGAAGGUUUGGCCGAACAUCCCUCCGCCCGUCCCUGUAUGCAACGGCUGCGGCGUGAGGAGCGCGUCGCCCGACGGUCUGCUGGGGGUCCGUCUCGGCAGAACGGCGCAGAAAUACGGUGCUCCGGAGGAGGCGCUGCCGCCCAUCGGGGUGUUCUGGGACAUCGAGAACUGUGCGGUUCCCAGCGGCCGCUCGGCGGCGACCGUGGUGCAGAGGCUCCGAGAGCGCUUCUUCCAGGGACACCGCGAGGCCGAGUUCAUCUGCGUCUGCGACAUCAACAAAGAGAACAAGGCCGUCAUCCAGGAGCUCAACAACUGCCAGGUGACCGUCGCACACAUUAAUGCCACCGCCAAAAAUGCAGCAGAUGACAAACUGCGACAGAGUCUCCGGCGGUUCGCAGAGACGCACGCCGCUCCCGCCACAGUCAUCGUUGUUUCAUCGGACGUGAACUUCGCCAGUGAGCUGAGUGACCUGCGGCAUUGCCACGGCUUCCAGGUGAUUCUGGUCCACAAGAGCCAGGCCUCGUCUGCCCUGCUGCAGCAUGCGCACAUGUGUGCCGCUUUCGAGGAGUUCGUCUCGGACCUUCCUCCCGGGAUGGUCGUCAAAUCUCAGCCCAGUUUCAGUCUUCUGUUUGUGCACCACCUCCCCACGCACCGCGACGCCAAAGCGGUGGCCAACCGUCUUCAGCGGCUCUCCACUAACUGUGGAGGGAAGGUGUUGGGCGUGUCGGGCGGCAGCGCCGUGCUGCGGUUCUCUAGCGCAGAGGCAGCCGAGCGCGCCCGCAAGCGCAUGAAGAACGAAGACGUGCUGGGCCACCGCAUCGUGCUGUCCUUCUCUCCGGACGGCCCGGAGGAGGAAGAGGAGCGCUGCCCCCCCGCCGCCUCCGCGGUGUUCCUGCCUGUGGAGAAGCCCCGCUCGCCCCGGCGCCUGCGGGCGUCUCGCUCCUGCCACGGCAGAAGCCCUUAUAACCACGCCUCCUCGUGCAGCCCUGUGAUGAGGCCCCUCCCCCAGGCUGUGAGUGCUGCGACCCAUCCUGCGAAUGCAUCUCCUCAGAGUCUCACCAUCCCGUCUGCAGCCAGUGAACCAGCGGAGCCCGCACAGCGCAGCCACAGGCGGGACUCUCCUGUGCAGCCGUUUCAGGUCAGCACUCCUUCAGCGUUCAGUAAACUAAGUUUGCAGCGGAGCUUCAGUCCCAUGAUGCUCUCUCAGAGCUCAUGGUCAUCACGGAGCUCGUCUCCUCUGAGCGCUCCGUCCCCCAGCAGCUGCGCAGACGAGCCCUUCUCUGAUGGAGUGAACGUUCAGGUCACUAAUCUGGACUACAGGAUGUCACGCAAGGACCUGCAGCAAAUACUGCGAGACACCUUUGCUAAACACGGCAGAGUGAAGAGUGUGGAUCUGAGUCCUCACACUGACUAUCAGCUGAAGGCGCGGGUGCACAUGAGUUCGCUCCAGCAGGCCAUCGGCGCCGUCAGUCUGCUGCAGCGCUAUAAAAUCGGCAGCAAGAGGAUUCACGUGUCUCUCGUCACCGGAGCCAGUAACAAAUCUCUCACCUGCCUCAGCUCCGAGAUCAUCAGCAUCCUGCAGGACGCUCCGGCCAACUGCCUGCCUCUCUACAAGUUCACAGAGACGUACGAGAGGAAGUUCGGUCGUAAGCUGGUGGUCAGUGACCUGUACCGGCUGCCGGAGGUGGUGUGUGUGCGUGAACAGGGCGGCAGGCGGCUCGUGUGUCUGCUGUCCAGCACUCAGGCCCGGCAGAGCCCGCUAGGAUCCGCACACUCUCACAACAGCUCCAACACCGGCAGUCCGGUUCUGUUCGAGGAGCUGGAGUACCACGAGCCCGUCUGCAGACGACACUGCACUCAGCAGGACUUCAGUGAAUCUGAUUUUGAUCCGGAUUCGUACAUGAUCCCAUUUGUUCUGGUGUCUCUGAAAGUUCUGGCUGCUCAUGUCCACGGUUUACUGCAGAGUCACGAGGGAACAGUACCACUGCUCAGUUUCGCAGAAUGCUAUGCAGCAGAGUUCAGUCCUUUAGCCGUAGCAGAGGAGGGGGAGCUGGAGGGAAGUGUCCCAUUAGAGCACCUCAUCACCUGCAUCCCUGGAGUCACUAUCGUAACGGCCCAGAACGGCUUCAAGAUCAUCAAGUGGAUUCACAACAAACCCCCGCCACCCAACGCAGAUCCGUGGCUGCAGCGCAGUAAGAGUCCGGUCGGGAACCCACAGCUGAUCCAGUUCAGCCGAGAGAUGAUUGAUCUGAUGAAGAACCAGCCGUCCUGUUUGAUGCCCAUCACAAAGUUCAUCCCAGCGUAUCACCACCAUUUUGCCAAGCAGUGCCGUGUGUCUGAUUACGGAUACUCCAAACUGCUGGAGCUGCUGGAGGCCGUUCCUCACGUGCUGCAGAUCCUGGGUCUAGGCUCCAAGCGUUUGUUGACGUUGACCCAUCGCGCUCAGAUCAAACGCUUCACUCAAGACCUGCUGAAGCUGCUGAAGUUUCAGGCCAGUAAACAGCUAUCGAUCACUUACCUCACGCAUACCAAUCACUAGUGUUUCUCCAGGAACUGGCAGGUGGUGGAUUAUGGGAUGUGUGAUCUGAUGGACCUGCUGGCUGAGAUUCCGGACACGACGAUCACAGUCUCUCAGAAGGACGGUGACACGCUCAUCUCUGUUCCUAAGAGAGAGCGGACGGCGGAGGAGCUGGAGCGCACACGGCAGUUUGGCAAGGAGGUGGUAGACCUUCUGAGACAUCAGCCUCACUUCCGGAUGCCCUUCAGCAAAUUCAUCCCCACGUAUCACCACCACUUCGGACGCCAGUGCAAGCUCUCCUACUACGGCUUCACCAAACUCAUGGAGCUUUUCGAGGCCAUUCCAGACAUUCUUCUGGUGCUGGAGUGUGGAGAGGAGCGGCUGCUGGCGCUGACGGAGGUGGAGCGCGUCAAAGCCCUGGCGGCGCAGCUGGUGAAGCUGCUUCGGGCCCAGAGCGACUCAGCACUUCCUGUCAGUCAGCUGUUGAAUGAAUACAGCAAGACGUUUGGCUACAGCCUCCGCCUGCAGGACUACGACGCCGCCACGCUGCCUGUCCUGCUCAAUAAACUCUGCCACGUGGUGAAGGUGGUGGACGUUCCCAAAGGGAAAGAGGUGCAGCUGAUCAACAGGAAGUCCCUGCGUGCCUUGACGUCUCAGCUGCUGGCGCUGAUGAUGUCACUUCCUGAGGAUCGUGAUCAUAUCGGAGUGGAGGAGCUGAGGAAGCAGUACGAGCUCAGCUACGGCGCGCCGCUCAACCCCUGCGAGUACGGCUUCAUCUCUCUGCCCGAGCUGCUGAAGAGCUUGCCUUACCUGCUGCAGCUCUCCGGAGAUGAGCGGGAUGAUGGCGGAGCAGAGGAGUGCGUGAAGCUGACCAGACUUUACCAGUUCGCCCGUGACGUCCGUGCACUGCUACACACAUACCAUUAUAACCAGAUCUUCCUGUCGGAGUUCUGUGGCGCCUUCAGCAAAUACACCGGCCGAGAGUUUCAGCCACAGAUGUACGGCUAUAAGACUCUGGAGGAGCUGCUGGCCGCCAUGCCACAGGUGGUCUGGAUUAAAGGUCAUGGUCAAAAAAAGAUCAUCGUCCUGAAGAACGACAUGAGAGCUCGUGGCAGUCCUGCGGUCACAGACAGUCCUGUGGUCACUGCAGAUGAGCCUCGUCCUGAUGAAGAGCCCCGAUCCGCCGACAGCCCUGCCAGCGGUGAGCUGGAGCUGCUGUGUCUGGGCACUGGUUCUCCUGUGGAUCUGCUGUGUGCUCCGGUCCCCUCCUGCCUCCCGUCUCCUCCGCUGCGGCCCGACCCGGUGCAGCUGCAGCCCAGGGAUCUGAUCCGAUUUGAGCGAGAGCCGGUUCUGGACCGACAGCCUAGGCCUGCCAGAGCUCUCCUCGUGGCUUCGGCGUCUGAGAACGGCUCGGAUCACAGCUCGAGUGACAAAACACCCAUCACAGACAGCCCCGGCCGGCGAACCUCACGCAACAGGGUCAAACUAGCGGCUAAUUUCUCCUUCACUCCCGCCCUGUCAGUCUAAAGCUGUGUGAUAUCACGAGGAAUAUCUGUGAAGCAUGAUAUUCUGAGGCUGACGGACGUUCUGUGGUGAGUUUGGUGACUGUGUUGUAUGUUUGAGCUCGUGUUCUUCAGUGUUCGUGUUUCUCUCACUGUGAGGAGUUAGGGUUAGCCGCUCCUCCAUGUGGGAUGGUUUUUUUUUUUCAUUACUACAGUUGCUCGUUAUCAGUCGUUAGCUUGAGGCCUGAAUGGUACGGACCACAGCUGAUUGGUGGACGUCGCUCUGAGCUGGUGUGGACAGGAACUGUGAAUCGUCCAAACCUUCAUUAGGUGAAUCUGCUGAGAUGCGCCGUCGUGUCUUUGUUUGCAACAUUAUUUGUGUUGUUUGAAGCACAUGGGCUCCAUCUGAUGAAAUGGAAGUUCACUUUAUUCUUUUCCGAGCCGAGAUCUCUAACGCUCACAGAUGCUUUUGUGUUAGUCUGUUUCAGAGCCGGAGCCAGAUCCCGAAGGGCCUUCCUCCCUUUAAACUGAUUGAUUAGUCAAAGCUGCCGUCUCGAAUCGCUUAAGUUCAUAUUGGGAAUGAAGUCUGUGUUUACUGAAACUCUUACAGAAGUGUUUAGUUUAAGAUCGUCUCAGCUGCUCAUCGGAGGAGAUUCGCACUCGUCUUAGUUUCACUGGCGUCCAGAUGAAUUAUGGGAGUCUGCGUGAAGAAGUUCAGCGGGCCGAAGAGAAACGCCCUCAUGUUCUGCAGGCCGAGGCAGUUUCUGGUUUUUACAGAUGAUUUUUUGGUCCAGAAGUUGCUUUGAUAGUUCUAUGCACAUGGUGCAUAAACCCUUGUUUGAAAGCGGUCCUUUACAAGCCUUACUUUUUUUAUGCAUUUUGGCAAAAUCGUGCUAAUUAGAUGUUUAUCAGCAUAGCUGCAAGGUUGUUUGGCUGAACCUUGAGUUAGCGCGUUCGGUUGUGGUUUGCUCUCCGCGGCGGCUCUCUGAUGGCUUUUACAAUGGCUUGUAUCAGCCUUGAGACCCCGUGCAGGACUCCGCUUCUGCUAGCGACUUUGGGUCACGGUGAAGUUGAUUUGAGUAAAUGUGUUUUGUUUAGUGCAUGUUUCGGCUGGCAGCGACACGAAGCACUCAGACGUCAGCUGUCCGUGAGAAUCCAGCGUCUGACCGCGUGUCAAUCGCUCGUAUCGCGGCUGUUGAACGCAUUCGUUUGUUUCUUUAAGGGUGACUCUCUUUGGCCCUCGCAUCUGUUGAGGGUGUUUUUGGAAGCUUUCUGAAUGGUACCAGAUGAAGCUGAGCUGAAGUACAUGUGUCUCAGUGAUUUUAUGCAUGUUUGCAUAAUGUUUGCCCCACAAUGUUGAUGGAAAUAUUUUACCAUUUAUUAUUGCCCAGCAGAAAUGUGACAUACCUGUGUGUCUCAUCUUUAACAUCUCUGUUCGUUGAGUGCAGUUUUAGUGUGUGUGUGUGUGUGUGUGUGUGUGUGUGCUCUUUCACUUCUGUCAGAAGACCACAAUGAACCCAGACGUCUCUGAUUGUGAUGUCAGCUGGACUUCAUGAUCUUCGUUUGAAAUAACGUGAACGUUCAGUCUCAAGACACUGGAGGUCUUGUAUGAUUUUAGACUCCACCAGAAAGUGCUGGAAGGAGUUUUUUUUAUUUCCAUGUAAUGACCAAAUUUCUGUCACGUAUAAUAAAUAUCACAAGCAUCA